AUGAGUGAUCUGGACAAAUUGCCCCCCGUGGAUCCCGCAACUGGGGAGAUUAUCAUCAAUCCGUUGAAGGAGGAUGGUACCGCUAAGACGCCCAAGGAAAUUGAAAAAGAGAAGAAGAAGGCGGAGAAGUUGCUGAAAUUCGCCGCUAAGCAGGCCAAGAAAGCGACGAGCGACAGUGCCCCCAAGAAGGCCAAGAAGGUCAAGAAAGAGGUUGAGCCGAUUCCUGAAUUCGUCGACAGGACGACCCCCGGGGAGAAGAAAAUCUUGGUUUCGCUUGAGGACCCAGCUUUGAAAGCUUACAACCCUGCAAACGUCGAAAGUUCGUGGUACGACUGGUGGGUCAAGUCUGGUGCCUUUGAUCCUGAGUUCACUGCCGAUGGUAAGAUCAAGCCAGAGGGUGUUUUCACCAUCCCAGCCCCACCACCAAAUGUGACUGGUGCUCUCCACAUCGGACACGCCCUGACCAUAUCUAUCCAGGACUCUUUGAUCAGAUACAACAGAAUGAAGGGGAAGACCGUGCUGUUUUUGCCUGGGUUCGAUCAUGCCGGGAUUGCCACACAGUCUGUUGUCGAGAAGCAAAUCUGGGCCAACGAGAAGAAGACCAGACACGACUACGGGAGAGAAGCGUUCGUUGAGAAAGUGUGGGAAUGGAAGGAUGAGUACCACAACAGAAUCAAGAACCAAAUCAAAAAACUGGGUGCCUCGUACGAUUGGUCGCGUGAAGCGUUUACGUUGGACCCAAGCCUGACCAACGCUGUCGUGGAUGCGUUCGUUAAAUUACACGACGAGGGAACCAUCUAUCGUGCCAACAGACUUGUCAACUGGUCCGUCAAGUUGAACACUGCCAUCUCCAACCUGGAGGUCGAGAACAAGGAUGUCAAGGGCAGAACCCUGAUGAGCGUUCCAAACUACGACGAGAAGGUCGAAUUCGGUGUGUUGACGUCGCUUGCCUACCCAGUCAUCGACUCCGAUGAGAAAUUGAUCAUUGCCACCACUAGACCAGAAACAUUAUUUGGUGACACUGGUAUUGCCGUUCACCCAGAUGACGACCGUUACAAACAUUUACACGGCAAGUUUGUGCAACAUCCUUUCCUACCUAGAAAGAUCCCAAUCGUCACCGACAAGGAGGCCGUUGACAUGGAGUUUGGUACUGGUGCAGUCAAGAUCACCCCUGCGCACGACCAGAACGAUUACAACACUGGGAAGCGCCACAACCUGGAAUUCAUCAACAUCCUCACCGAUGACGGGUUCCUGAACGAAAACUGUGGUCCAGAAUGGGAAGGUAUGAAGAGAUUUGACGCCAGAAAGAGAGUCAUUGAACAACUCAAGGAAAAGGGAUUGUACGUCGGCCAAGAGGACAACGAAAUGACCAUCCCUACCUGUUCCAGAUCCGGUGACGUCAUCGAACCCUUGCUGAAACCGCAAUGGUGGGUUGCCCAGGGAGACAUGGCCAAGGAUGCCAUUGCCGCAGUCAAGGAGGGCAAAAUCACGAUUACGCCUAAAUCAUCUGAAGCAGAGUACUUCCAUUGGUUGGGGAACAUUCAAGAUUGGUGUAUUUCGAGACAGUUGUGGUGGGGUCACCGUUGCCCAGUCUACUUCAUCAACGUAGAGGGUCAUGAAAAUGACAGAUGUGACGGCGAAUUCUGGGUUGCUGGUAGAAACAUCGAGGAGGCGCAAGAAAAAGCUGCUGCCAAGUUCCCUGAUGCCAAAUUCACUUUGGAGCAGGACGAAGACGUUCUAGACACCUGGUUCUCCUCCGGGUUAUGGCCAUUCUCCACAUUGGGCUGGCCCGAAAAGACCACCGACAUGGCCAACUUCUACCCCUUCUCGAUGUUGGAGACCGGGUGGGAUAUCCUGUUCUUCUGGGUUAGCAGAAUGAUUCUGCUAGGUAUCAAAUUGACUGGUUCCAUUCCAUUCAAAGAAGUGUUCUGUCACUCGUUGGUGCGUGAUGCCCAGGGCCGUAAGAUGUCCAAGUCUCUCGGUAAUGUCGUCGAUCCAUUGGACGUUAUUGCAGGUAUCAAGUUGGACGACUUGCACGCUAAGUUGCUCGGCGGUAACCUGGACCCAAGAGAAGUCGAAAAGGCAAAACUCGGCCAAAAAGAAUCUUAUCCAAACGGUAUCCCUCAAUGUGGUACCGACGCGAUGAGAUUUGCGCUUUGUGCUUACACCACUGGUGGUCGUGAUAUUAACCUAGACAUUCUACGUGUCGAAGGUUACAGAAAGUUUUGUAACAAAAUCUAUCAAGCAACCAAGUUUGCUCUGCUGAGGUUAGGCGACGAUUACAAACCAGCGGACAAGGAAGGUUUGACGGGCAACGAGUCCCUAGUUGAAAAGUGGAUUCUGCACAAAUUAACAGAAACUGCAAAGAACGUCAACGAGGCACUUGAUAAGCGUGACUUCUUGAACUCUACCAGUGCCAUUUACGAAUUCUGGUACUUGGUCUGUGACGUCUUCAUUGAGAACUCCAAGUAUCUGAUCCAAGAAGGUACCGCCACUGAGCAAAAAUCCGCCAAGGACACUCUGUACAUUUUGUUGGACAACUGUUUGAGGUUGAUCCACCCAUUCAUGCCCUACAUCUCUGAGGAAAUGUGGCAACGUCUACCAAAGCGUUCCACGGAGCAUGCCCAAACCAUUGUCAAGGCUUCUUACCCAGUUUACAACAAGGGCUUUGACAACGCGGAAGCUGCAAACGCCUAUGAGCUCGUUCUAAACGUCACAAAGGAGGCGCGUUCUUUGCUAGCCGAGUACGGUAUCUUGAAGAACGGAAAAGUGUUUGUCGAAUCCGCUCACAAGGCGUCGUACGACACUGCCGCCUCACAAAAGGACUCGAUUGUUUCCCUUAUUAAGGCAAUCGAUGAAGUUACCGUGGUAUCCUCCGCUGCGGAGAUCCCAGAGGGCUGUGUUCUAAAGGCUGUCAACCCAGAUGUGAACGUCCAUCUACUGGUGAAGGGCCACGUAGACAUCGACGCGGAGAUCGCCAAGGCGCAGAAGAAGCUAGAGAAGGCCGCCAAGUCCAAAGAAGGUAUCGAAAAGACGAUCAACAGCAAGGACUACGAGUCGAAGGCUAACGAAAAGGCAAAGGACGCCAACAAGGUCAAGCUAGAGAAUUCCGUCGCGGAGAUCGAGGGUCUGGAAGCCACCAUCGAAAACUUGAAACGCUUGAAUCUGUAA